UCACCCGGCCAGAUUAUGAGUUCAUUGUAUUAUGCGAAUGCUUUAUUUUCUAAAUAUCAGGCCGCAAAUUCGGUUUUCCCCUCCGGAGUAUUUCCCGAGCAAACUUCUUGCGCAUUCGCUUCCAAUGCCCAGCGCACCGGCUAUGGCUCCAGUUCCACGGCCUCUUUCGCUGCUUCCAUGCCUGGUCUCUACCCUAGCGGGGGAGGUAUGCACCCACAGCCCCCCGGCAUGUAUUCCAGCGGCUACGGUCUGGACACCAGCUCCUUCAACAUGCACUGUUCCCCCUUUGAGCAAAACCUCUCCAUGAUGUGUCCGGGAGACGCGUCCAAACCCAACUGUAACAAAAGCGACCAGAGGGACACGGACUUGCGGCACGAAAACAACUUGCGAAUAUAUCCUUGGAUGCGAAGCACAGGAACUGACAGAAAGAGAGGCCGCCAGACUUAUACCAGGUACCAGACCCUGGAACUGGAGAAGGAAUUCCAUUACAACCGUUACUUGACCAGAAGGCGACGCAUUGAGAUAGCCCAUGCUUUAUGUCUUACAGAAAGACAGAUCAAAAUCUGGUUCCAGAACAGACGAAUGAAGUGGAAAAAAGAAAACAAACCUGCAGGGCCAGGCUCAAAUAGCCAGGAAAAACCAGAGGCUGAAGAAGAUGAAGAAGAAUGA